ACACCUUUAAUAUAAAUAUAAUUCAGAUUCAUUCUGCCAUCUUCUCUGCCCACAAACAUGCUGUUCAAACAUUUUUAUUUGGCUUACUUUAACACCUAGGAUAUAAAUAAUGGAAGCAGAGAUGAAUGGAAAUUGGAAAAGGAUUAGUAUUUUCUGGGGAUUAAAUGAUGGAGAAUGAUUGUUCAUAUUUGGAUUCAAACCCAACGGAAAAGGGACCCACCCACGCCACAUAAAAUUAUUUUUGGAAUCCCGAGGCAGCAGCACUAAGCUCCACUCCAUCGCUCCGGGACUCCAGCUAAUGUUGUCCGGUCAAGUGUGGUGAAAAAAAACACAAGUAUGCUUCUGGUUCUGUGAUAUCUUCGUCGGCACCACUUGUUUCUUCUCCAGUACCCAAGAAAAAAGAAACAGAAAUCAAAAGGAAAGAGGGUAACUAAACCCAACUGCUAAGCACCAAUUAACUGAGCAACAAUGUGGAUCUCAACCUCAAAUCAGCUGCUAUUGCUGUGCUUCGUUCUCAUCUUUGGCACUGCCACCGCCACUGACCACAUCGUUGGUGCUAACAAAGGCUGGAACCCUGGCAUCAACUACACUCUUUGGGCCAACAACCACACCUUCUAUGUGGGAGACCUCAUCUCCUUUAGGUAUCAAAAGACACAAUACUAUGUGUUUGAAGUGAACCAAACUGGGUAUGACAACUGCACAACGGAAGGAGCAUUAGGAAACUGGAGCAGUGGCAAAGAUUUUAUACUUCUCAAUGAAACCAAGAGAUACUACUUCAUUUGUGGCAAUGGCCAGUGCUUCAAUGGCAUGAAGGUUUCUGUCCUUGUUCAGGCCCUGCCUUCACCAACUGCCUCACCUGUUGCCAACCAUACAUCAAACAGCUCGGAUGCUGCAUCCAUAGUUUUGCCAAGGGGUGUGGUAGGUUUAAGGGCCUUGAUUGUGGCAUUAGCUUCAAUUUGGUUUGGAUCUGGGUGGAUCUAGCAGGAGUUCAGUUGGUUGUUCAAGCUUAGUAAACUGCAUUUUUUGAAUUUCUAAAAUGUAACAUUUCUUUUGCGUGUUUCUUCAAUUGUUUUUCUUAAUUAUGUAGCCAAAUUGGGUGGUGUUUCAUUGAUGUAAGUGAUCUCAACUUGAAUUCUCACUAAUUUGCCUCUUCUCUUGGCUGCCUGACUGUCUCUUUUCAUCUUAUUACUAUUAUUUAUCUCAACUUCGAUGCAACUGCAAGCCUGCAAGGCCAGAUUUUUAAUCAAUAUAGCUUGCACUAACUCAUGUGAAGUGUUUUUUUGGCCAUACCCAUUGGUAAGUUUCCUCUAUAGAAAGGUAUGAUACGGCCAGAUAUAGUACUGGGUAC